AUGCUCAUCUCGCAAAUGACGGGUUUAAUGGUCCUCAUAGUACCUCUGAUGACGCAGAACGAAAGGCAGUUGCCCUUGAAGAUGUACGUACCGUACUCCAUGGUGGAGCUACUUCCUUAUCUGUUGACCUAUCUUGAGCAAACUGCAGCUGUAUUUUACGGGGUAUUACUGAACGUCGCUCUUGACUCCCUCGUUUACGGUCUUAUGAUUCAAACCUGCGGGCAGAUCGAGCUGCUGUGCUAUCGAUUGUCGGAAACGUUCCGAUUUCUUCAGAGGAAUAACAAAGAGAAGAAGCACGCCGACAUUGAGAAAUUCGCUAUCGCGGAAUGCGUGAGGCAUCAUGUUUCGGUGUGGAACAUCACACACAGGAUACAGUCGUUAUUUAUGUGGAUUAUCGCCACUUUGUUCUUCUUCAGCCUUAUCACUCUCUGCAGCAGCAUCUAUCAGAUGUCUAACAAAAAACUCUUUAGCGUCGAAUUCUUCGCUUUUGUGCUAUACUUAGGAUCAAUGUUGUUUCAAGUAUUUUCAUAUUGCUGGUAUGGCAAUGAGCUCGAUUUAAAGAAUAAGAGUAUCGCGUAUGCUAUUUAUGCUAGUGACUGGACAAUAAUAUCGGUAAAGCAACGCAAAAACUUGUCGUUUAUGAUGAUGAUAAGCCAGAGAGGAAGAAUGAUUUCUUUUUAUGGAGUUUGCUCGUUAGUUCUUAGCACUUUCACAUAUGCCAUUGUUAUUUUAAUAUACGAGUUUACGAUAUCGGAAGUAAUCGAGCUUGUAAGGACGCACGACGACAUAGAAGAUAUAACCGAAGGACUCUUCCUAGCGUUAACUUAUGUAGCUUUAUGCUGUAAAUACGGAAACUUCUUAGUGCGACGAAACGAAGUGACCAUGUUGUUGGACUGUUUUCGAAGCGCAACGUGUCAGCCAAGAAAUUCCGAAGAAAGAAUGAUUCUUAUUAAGUACGAUCGCAAAGCCAAGUGGUGCGUCAAAGCUUUCAUGAGUAUAUCUCAAGCUACUUGCAUAGCUCUUAUACUCGCUCCCAUCGUGGGACCCCAGAAAACCGACAGACCUCUGCCGUUCAAGACAUACCUGCCGUACUCGAUAUCCGGCUUAUAUCCGUAUUUGUUGACCUAUCUUAAUCAUGUAGGCGCAAUAUUUUACGGGGUAUUACUGAACGUCUCGUUCGACUCCCUCGUCUACGGCUUCACCCUUCACGUCUGCGGGCAGAUCGAGCUGCUGUGUUAUCGUCUGUCAAAGAUUUUUAAGGAUCAUCCCGAGCAGUAUCUAAUCGACCCGGGCGCGAUGAUCAGCGAGUGCAAAAAGCUUCUCAGCGUCGGAUUUCUCUCGUUGACUUUGUACCUCGGCAGUAUGCUGUUUCAAGUGUUCUUUUACUGUUGGUAUGGAAACGAGCUUCAAUUAAAGGUUAGCUUCAACUGGCGUUUUUACUUUACCGGAAGUCAAAUGUUUGUAACAGCUAAGUGGAGCACUAUAACGUUCAUGAUGAUAUCGUUCGUAAGUGGAUUAGGCUUCAUGCUCUCGCCAGCCUUAGGACUACUUAACGGGGGUGAACGCGUGCUGCCGGUGAAGUCGUACAUCCCAUACUCUGUGUCAAAUCUACUUCCAUAUCUAGCUACGUAUCUGCAGCAAUUUUUAGCGAUGUUCUACGCAAUAAUACUUAACGUUUCCUUCGACUCUCUCGUUUACGGCUUCACGAUUCAAGCUUGCGCGCAGAUCGAGCUGAUGUGCUGCCGAUUGGCUAACAGUUUAAACAGCACCGGCGACGUUUCUUCCGGAAGGAAGCGGGAAGUGAGCGUCUCGAUCGUGGAAUGCGUCAGACAUCAUUUGCUCGUGAGCAUUCUGAUAAAGAAAGUACGAGCGUUGUUCAUGUGGACGGUAAUGAUCUUCUUCUUCUUCAGUCUGCUCAUUGUGUGCACCAGUAUCUUUCUAAUAUCAAAGAAGAAACCGCUCAGCCUUGAGUUUCUUUCAAUGCUCAUGUAUCUGAGCGAUAUGCUGCUUCAACUGUUCUAUUACUGCUGGUACGGAAACGAGCUUGAGUUGAAGAGUAAAAGCAUCGCGACCGCUAUUUAUACCAGCGAUUGGACGAUGGUUACGCCGCGAGAACGCAGAUCGCUGAUGCUGAUUAUGAUAAACAGUCAAAAAGGAAUAAUGAUGUCUUAUCACGGAGUAUUUGCGUUAUCUCUCAAUACUUUUACUUGGAUUUGUAGGACUUCUUAUUCAGCUUAUAAUCUCCUGCAGUCAGUGGCAUAACUUCAUAAUUUGGACCCA